UUUGGUAGCUACUUGUUUGGAAUGAGUCCAACUAUUGCAAAACAAAUUCCAGAAUUUGACAGUGCCAAUGACGUUAAGAGUCUUGGUUUAGGAUGGAUGAUUGCAUUUCUAUUUGUUGUUAGCUUUCUUGGUCUCUUUUCAGUGCUUCCACUCCGAAAGAUUAUGAUUGUUGACUUCGGAUUGACAUAUCCAAGUGGUACAGCAACAGCUCAUCUUAUCAACAGUUUCCAUACAUCUGAAGGUGCCAAACUAGCAAAGAAGCAAGUAAAAGCACUUGGAAAGUUCUUCUCCUUUAGCUUUUUGUGGGGUUUCUUCCAAUGGUUUUUCACUGCUGGUGAUGCUUGUGGAUUUACAAACUUCCCCACAUUUGGUCUAGAAGCAUAUCAAAACAUGUUUUACUUUGAUUUUUCUGCUACCUAUGUGGGGGUUGGGAUGAUAUGUCCAUAUAUAAUCAAUAUUUCGCUGUUGAUUGGUGGAAUUCUUUCAUGGGCUGUCAUGUGGCCUCUCAUUGGUUCUAAAAAAGGAGAUUGGUUCCCUUCUGAUCUCAAACAUAGCAGCUUACAUGGUCUUCAAGGUUACAAAGUUUUCAUAGCCAUAGCAAUGAUCCUUGGUGAUGGUCUAUACAACUUUGUGAAAGUUCUUGGCACAACUCUUUUAGGUUUGAAAAAACAAUGGAAGAAAAAAGAUAUAAGAGCACAACCUGAUGAUCCAAAUGCUCCUUUCCCACCUACAAUUUCAUUCGACGACAAGCGCAGAACCGAGAUGUUCCUCAAAGAUCAAAUCCCCUCAUGGUUCGCAAUCGCAGGCUAUGUCAUAAUUGCAAUAAUCUCAAUCAUUACUAUCCCACACAUUUUCCACCAGCUAAAGUGGUAUUACAUCAUUUGCAUUUACAUCAUUGCACCCGCAUUAGCCUUUUGCAAUGCCUAUGGUUGUGGACUAACGGAUUGGUCCCUUGCAUCGACUUACGGAAAAUUAGCCAUCUUUGCUAUUGGUGCUUGGGCAGGUGCAGCUAACGGCGGUGUCCUAGCCGGUUUAGCAGCAUGUGGUGUCAUGAUGAACAUUGUUUCAACAGCUUCUGAUCUCAUGCAAGACUUCAAAACAGGUUACAUGACAUUGGCUUCUCCGAGAUCAAUGUUUGUGAGCCAAGUUAUUGGAACUGCCAUGGGAUGUGUUAUAUCACCGUGUGUUUUCUGGCUAUUCUACAACGCUUUCGGUACUCUUGGUCAACCUGGUACUGCAUACCCUGCACCGUACGCACUUGUUUUCCGAAACAUUGCAAUACUAGGUGUGGACGGAUUCUCAGCUCUGCCGAAAAACUGCCUCGUACUCUGCAUCGUGUUUUUCUUUGGUGCCAUAAUUAUUAAUUUUGUUCGCGACUUGGUUGGAAAGAAAUACUCCAAGUUUAUUCCUGUUCCUAUGGCUAUGGCUAUACCAUUUUACAUUGGAAGCUACUUUGCUAUUGAUAUGUGUGUUGGAAGCUUGAUAUUAUUUAUUUGGCAGAAGGUUGAUAGGGCUAAGGCUGAUGCAUUAGGAUCAGCUGUUGCUUCUGGUUUGAUAUGUGGAGAUGGAAUUUGGUCACUUCCUAGCUCUUUUCUUGCUCUUGCUGGAGUGCAGCCACCUAUUUGCAUGAAAUUCUUGUCUAGAGCAGCAAAUGCUAAGGUUGAUAAUUUCUUAGGAUCUUGAAGUUGUCUUAUUGGAUCUCAUACAAAACAAUGGAAAACAAUCUUCAACCAGCUCAUAUAUAGGCACAAUGUAAUUUAGAACCUAAUAUUC